GUGGCAAAAAGCUCUCGGCAGGUCCCUCCCCGCGCCGACUGAGACCUGCGAAACGUGCGCAGCGCACAUGGUUACUGGGAAAGAUUAGACGAACAAAUGAUGCAACUGAUCGGGAUUAAGCGCAGAGAUUAGAUAGUAAAUCCACAUCUGAAGCGGGAAGGUUGUUUUUUUUUCUCUUCUUGCGUUCCCUGCUCUCUCCGUGAACGAUACAAAAAAGCCGUCCGCCAACAAGUAUACAAGAGGCAAGCGGAGGCGCCUGCAUUUUUUUUUCUGAAAGUCCAGAUAUCGUCUGCAUGGUGCAGCCAGCCCCACGCCCAGCUACGCCUGCAUCCCUCCAGAUCUUGGCGCAUCACUGAGCUGCUCUGGACGUCGAGACAUCCCCUUGGAGAGAUGCCAUGAGGGGGGGAUGGGGGGAAGCCAAUUGAGUCAGCUGCGGCGUCGAUUCUCCACCUCGCUUCCUCCUACAUGGAAGAGCGAUUGAAACGCCUUUGCAACCAGCAGACAUCUGCGACCUGAUCACAUACCAAGCGACGGUCCUUUGGGCGAGCAAGACCUUACAACCACUAUAAUAUGCAUCUGUGGUUGUUGCCUCUAAUACUCAUCACUGCUCACCUUAUGGAGUACAAUUAUGGCCAGAGCAUUAUAAGACCAAGGAGGAACGCCCGCACCUCGCUGGCGAAUGCGUCAACCAAUCCCCUGUGCCCGCUGGGCUGCGACAGCUGUUCCGGUGCCAACGGCUGCAUUCGGUGCAAGUCUCGCUUCUUCUUUCACCUGCGGCGCACCGGCAUGCGGCAGGUGGGCACCUGCCUCUCCGCCUGCCCCUCCGGCUUCUACGGACUGCGUGGGACCAACAUGAGCAAGUGUGCAAAGUGCAAAGUAGACAACUGUGAAAUGUGCUUCAGCAACACGUUUUGUACCAAAUGCACAGAAGGUUAUUACCUGCACAAAGGAAAAUGUUACAACACUUGUCCAGAAGGUUUCUCAGCUGCAAACCAGACCAUGGAAUGCACAAGUGUUGUGCACUGCAAGGUAGGCCCCUGGGCAGAGUGGGGCACGUGCACCAAGCAGGGACGCACGUGCGGCUUCAAGUGGGGGCAAGCGCUCCGCACCCGCCACGUCAACCAGCCCCCAUCCCCCGACGGGCAGGCCUGCCCCCAGACGUUGGAAACGCGGCGCUGCCGCGCGCCCCUCCGCUUCUGUCCGGGCGACGAUGCUACAAGUCCGAGGAAGAAACCAAAGAGGAAACGGAACAAACAGCAGAAAAGCCAUCAGAAGAGACCAAAACAGCAGGCGGAAAGAGAGGCGGAUGCCACACCAGCGAGCGUGUAAUGAUCCAGAGAGUAAGGGGGAGGCCCUGGACAGUCUUCACUAUGCUGCUAAACAGUUGGACUGGCACCUGCCCAGACUAUGCACUGCAUCUGCAACUCAACAGCGCGAAUUUCUUUUUUUUUCGCGCCAAAUAGAAUCUUUUAGCCUAAGUUGUGGACUUUGAAAGACGGGCAAAUAAUUUUUUGAACAAAUUUAUUUAUAAUCUACCUGUAUAUAUUCGGGUUUUUUUUUUUCUUCAAAUGAAAUGAGGUGAAGAACUUGACGUGAGAUAAUGGAGGAGGGAAACUUACUUUAAAUUGUCUUGGUUAUUUUUGUCGUCUUCUUUCUUGCCCUGGACAUUGUGUGAAAAGAUGGGCUUUUGUUUCAUAAAUAUAACUGAAACAGGGGCAUUUCAUUCUCCUGCCCAACCACCCCCCCCCCCUCCCAUUAUGUUUAAUGUUGUAAUAUUAUUUUUAAGUUCGAUUAAUAUGAAGUGGGCCCUAUCACUUGAUUCCUCAUUGUGAAAUGUUCUAUGCUGCAUUGCAAUUUAUUGAUUGCUGGCAACUUUACUGCCAUUGCCAAAUGGAUAAUGGCAGUAGAACAUUCUGCCGAAUAUAUAUUGACAAUUUUAUUUGGUAAUCUUGGGGAACAGCACAUCAUUUGGGAUGGACUCUUAACUCCCGGAACUAGCACAGCAUUAUUAGGCUGUGUCAAACAUGGUCAUCUACACACACGGUACUUCAGUCAAUUCACGAUUAAACAUGUGGCAAAACCACACUCUGUGCGCAAACGUUUUCUCAAGCAAUUGUUUGACACUCGCAUUUGACACUCGCAUAUGAGAUCACUAUCAUGUUUUGGCUGUGCAUCUUUAGGAAGGUUAAAAACAAACAUGUUAAAUCAGCGAUCCGUAGACGAUGCUGCUGCUGUGGUGUAAUGGUUACCACCACUGGUCUUGCAAUCAACAAGUCGCCGGAUCCAUUCGAUCUCCUGGAAAAGGGCAACUUUCUUAAAUCUCCCUGCCCCCUACCUCUGUCCAGCCAGCAGUAUAAAUGCAUGCGCCAUAGUUGAUUUGCAGGCUGUGUGCGGCGGGGUAAAGUGUGUGUACGUCCACCUCGCCCAAGGCAUGUGGCCAGCAUGGAAGAGUAGGCCAAGUACCUUUCAAAGGGGCUCUCUAGAGCUUCCUCGAGUGGUGGGGCCCUUCCACCAGCAGUGUCGUGAGCGAGCAAACAGCAGUGCGGCCACCUUCACUUUGACUUUCACGCCACAAUCUGACAUGCCUCGCUUCACUUUACGCACACGCACCUCUGAUUAGCACGGUUGCCUACGUAUGGGGUGAAAGACGUCCCACAUACAUACAAUCGUAGAGGCGUGUGCAUAUUGACUUCCCAACAUGAUUGACGCUCGGAGAACGUUGCACAAAUCUCAGCUGCGAGUAAAGAAUGUAGUUCGUCGAUGAUAUGGCCAGAAUUGCGUGAUGAUUCAGCAGCUGCAUUGCAUCCUACUGUGCGGCUGGAUUCCUGAAUGUGGCUGCAGUGGUACGUGUACACGCCGAGAUAACGUGCAUUCGAUCAUUAAAGCACCUUAACCAAACGCUUUACUUUGUUAUUAGCUGGGUUGAGAAGCAUGUUUCGUUUCUUCUUUUUUCUGUGCGCGCGUGCAAAACACCCGUUUUUAAAGGAACAGCGACGUUCGGCGACAUACGCGUGAAGAAACGUGCGCGUGCGUGCGCGUUCGUGUGCGCGUGCUUACAGAGAGAGCGAGAGAGAGAGAGAGCCACGAGACAGAACAAAAAAAACAUCUAGCGAUUCAGCGCUUGCCUUCUGGUAUAGAAUACGAAUAUAUAAUUUUUUAAGUGAACGGCAGUAAAAUAUUUAAAAUAAGGCGAACGUAAUAGAGCAAUUGUAUGGCGAUGAGAAUUUAAGCAAGUGGGUGAAAACGUGAACAUUUUUACGAUAUACCAUCCGAUGGCAAUGCAUCCGUGUACAUCUUUAAACGAAGCUAUCAUAACCACAGCAGUAAAUGUGUGCAUUCAUAGACAAACUGUUUAUGCUUUCCAUUUUAAAUUGGAGUUGAUGGAGCUGGUAUUUUUUACUGGUGUAAAAAAAAAUCAGCAAUCGGUAAAAUGUAUUUGAAUCAAUAUGUUAAUAUAUAUUAAAAGUAACAUGUAAAAACUAGUAUUUUUGUAGUUACCAUCUACAAUGUGGCGUUUAAUGUAUUAUGUUCAAUCCGAAGCCACUCCGAAAGUAUUGCUUUGAAGGUGCUUGUGUAUCCCCUUCUCGAGCCUGUUCACAUGAUGUAAUGUGUUGUUUUUUGGUGUCAAACAUAUUUUUAAUAAAGCUGGUGUAUAUGG